AUGGUCCUGACAAGACGCAUUGACUCCCUGGAGACAGCUUCGGGAAAUGCGUGGGGCUGCUGCUCCAUCUCGCUCUGCAGGCACUACAUGGGUGGACAACUUGGUGUCUACAACAUCGAGCAAGGCGAUGAGAGGAGUGAGCCGCAUGGUGAGGCAGCUGAGAUCUCCCCAGAGUUUAGACAGAGAAUGCAUGAUGCCAUAAACGAUGCGCAUGCAAUCAGUGCCAGACCUUCAGACUUGAUCAUGCCAUGGGAAGAACCAUCAAUGUCAUGGGUGUUUGGUGAACGCGAUCCAUUUUCAAUUCCGGAUGUGACUCCAGUUUGGGGUUACGUAGAGCCUCAACAUGAACCAGAAGACACCCGACCUGGACGUGGAGUGCCCGUCAUGGACAAACCAACUGUUUUUGAAAGUGCAAUAUCAUUCAACUCCUUUCGCACCUGCCAUCUUAGUGAGAGCGACCAAUUGGCCAUUCUGGCACAGAAGUGGGAGGCCCUUAUUUCAAUAAACUACUCUGCGUUUGAUCUCGGAAUCCAGAUUUUUGAUGUGGAGUAUGCUGAGAGGGUCAAGAUUGUGUCAGAGGUUCUCGGAGGAAAAUCUCCCGCGACCUUAUGCAGAAGGCUGUCACAGGUGGCUAGAUUUGUCAAGUGGGCCACCAAUGACGCAAAGCGCGACCCCUUUCCAGUCUCGGCUGAGUUGAUCAAGAACUACAUCAGGCACCUCAGAAACGAUGGGUCUGGGCACACCGCCUACAAGGGCUUUGCCGAGGUGCUCAAAUUUAUGAAGCAUGUUGUUGGCCUUGACUGUGAUUUGACAGCAUUUGAUUCGGCUUGGGUCAGUGGGAUCAUCAGAACUGCUCAGCAGGAGAGACCCUUGAGACGGCAGUCAGCCACUUUGAAUGUGAAAACUCUCCAAUUCCUGGAGGCUUACCUCUGCAAUGAGAGGCAUGCUUUGGUGGACCGCUAUGCAGCGGGCGUCUUUCUGUUUGCGAUAUACUCCAGGGCCAGGUUUGGAGACUUGCGGAAGAUUGCAAGGGUCCUUUUUGACGAGGCAACUGGUGUCAAUGAAACUUCACUGGGUUUCAUUGAAAUGCAUUCGGAGUCCCACAAGAUGAGGGCAACUGGGAACAGACUUGGUGCACACCUUCCUUUGAUAGCACCCAUCAAAGGUUUGAGUGAGAUAGCCUGGGGUCUGGAGUUUGCGAAGGUAUCAAAGCUUAUUGGGCUUGAUGUCAAGUCUUGGGCCAAGGGGAAUCCCUUGCUUCCAGCACCUACACAUAUCGGGGACUGGACUGACAGAUCGGUUACAUCUUCAGAAGUUUGCAAGUGGAUUCAUGGAGUUUUACAGUCAUGUCAUGACUUCGAGCCGACUGGUUUUACACCACAUGGCUGCAAGGCUACAACACUCAUCAUGCUUAGCAAGUAUGGUGCAUCCCCGGAGGAUCGUUUGAUUUUGGGACACCACCAACUCAAUCGUGGUGCGCUAGAGGUCUAUGCCCGUGACCUUCAGAGCUCACCAUUACGGGUCCUGGAACAGAUGUUUGCCGAUAUCAGGGGCGGAAGAUUCUCUCCGGACACCACCAGGUCUGGGAUGUUCACACCGGUCCCAAACCAAGUGAUUGUGGAAAGCCCAGGCAUAGAUGGAGUUCGGAGCCCAGUCGCUGUUAGCGUGAACCCAACACCAACAUCUCCAGCUGAUGACACGCAGGAGACAUCAGAACAUGCCUUCUCUGCCAGGGAACCUGUACAAGGUCCAGAGACGGUUGCCGAUGCCAUGCCGCUGCAGAGGUUGACUUCUGAGAGCAAUGUUAGUGAUGAUUCAGAGUCGGAGUUUUGCUCUGAUGAGUCUGAUGCAGAGGAGGUCAUCAGGGACAUGGCCACAAGCCAGCCCCUCAGCAAAGAGUACAAACCUUUUCAUGCCAGAUUCUUUGUAGAUGCCUUGAAGUGCCAGCAAUGCAACAAGGGUCAGGUGCAGACCCCUGAGGGGGAGCGUGCGGCAGCAGCAUUCAAUGCACGGGCCUUGGAACACGGCUUGACAAGGGCACAGCUUGAACGACUACAGAACCAGGGCCUCACCAAUCUUUCCAAGUUAGCUUUCUCCUUGACGACACCUGGAACAGUGCCUCCUGACGACGCCUUGAAGGGGCUCUUGGCCGAUAACCUGGACGAGGCCGAACUUGUGCCUGCAGAACGUGCCACAAGGAUCCAGCAACAAAGGACCCGUCUUCAGGGCAUGGAACUCACAGGACCUCUUGAAUGUGCCCAUUCAUCCUACGACUACGUGGCAAAAAUGUUGGAGGCAGAUGUCCCAAUGUAUCUUGAGCCUCAUCGUUUUACCACAAGGGCAAGUGAGGUUGCCCGCGAGCGUCCUGGCAAAGAGUUGGUGCUGGAUAACAUCAACCUCACGGUCAAGGACGUGGAAAGGAAAGACAGAUGUCAAAUCAGUAAUGAACUUCAGCUGCAUCAGGCACUUACCAGGCGCUCUUUGGCUUGCGAUCUGAUGCAGGCAUGCUCCUUCCGGAACAUGGAAAAAUGGCACAGGCAUCUCCUUGAUCACCUUCAGUUGCCAUCGCCUCCAGGAUUCCGCCAACCUACCAUGGAGCAAGUCCUCAGGGCAGACCGAACAGCCUGGGUCAAGAUGGCCGAGAAGGUCACUACCUUGAGGCGCCAGGGCGAUGGAUCCUUGCCACUGAACAGAGCGCUAGACGAACUUCCAGCAGAUCCAUCGAUCAUGUUCCACUUGAUGCCCUUGCCGGUUGACAAGAGUACAUCGACGCCCAAGCACACCGAGCCAAAAUCCACGGCUGGCUCUGACCAAGGCCCUCCAAACAUCCGGAAGAAGGACAAGAAGGUCAAACAGGCCAAGGGCAAGGGCAAGGGCAAGACAAAGGACAAGAGUGCGGACGUGGACUUCAUCAAUGCAUGCGAUGCUUUGGGGCCCACUCGGCCCACCAGUGCAACUCUGCACUGGCUUGACAAUCUCAGGGAGGACUGCCUCACGGCCGAAGUUCGACGCCUUGGCUGCCAGCACAGUACUGGUGUUGAUGCCCACGUCACAAAGCAGGUCAAGGCGCCAGUGCUCCGUUUGGAUCUUUCAGAUGAAUCUGGGCAAGCUUUACUUUGGCGGCCGUUGGAGCCAGUCAGACACAUGCUGGCUGAGAUGGGGUCACCCCACAAGGGUGGGCCACUGCCCUUGAAGUUGAGUAUCCUCACGGGCUUUGCCGUGAGUGGGCAGCUUGUUUACGUCAAGCCCUCCUGGCUCAUGGCGCCUCUGACGUUUGAAGAGCUAAAACGACAAGGAGUGGACGGCCUUGAGUCAUCACCACCCCAUGCAAAGGAGAUCCUCAAGAGCAAGAACUUAUGCCUUUUUGCGGAGCUCAUCGAAGCGUCUGGGUCGCCGGAUGUUACCCUGGCAUCAGACAUCGCAAGAGGAUUUGAUCUGAUGGGGUCCAUCCGUACGGGGGGCGUGUUUCCCCACAAGCCGCUGUUUGCAACUUUGCUCCCUGAGCAGGUCAGGGAGAUGUCUGGCAUGGCCAGGAUUGCAACUUGGAAUGCGGUCAGGAGAGGCAGAGAUAAUGAGAUGUGCCAAGAAAUUUUUGAUGCAACCAUUGAGGAGUGCGACAAGGGUUGGAUGCGUGGACCUUUCAGCAUUGAGCAGCUUCCUGAGAGCUCCAUCUUAACUCGCCGCUUUGGCGUGAGGCAGUCAGCAACACUGGCAGAUGGAAGCAAGGUCGUCAAGUUUCGGCCCAUCGAUGAUUUCUCUGAGUCUCUGAUCAAUACAACAAACUCACGCGAUGAGUCCAUCCAGCCGAUGGGUGUGGAUGCGAUUUGUGCCACUUUGGUCAGGAGGAUGCAGUCUCGCCCGGGGGACCAGUUAGUUUGCAAGACUAUCGAUCUCCGAAAGGCUUACAAAAACCUUCCGUUGUCAGAAGCGGCGCUGGAUGAUGCAUACAUCUGUGUUUACUCACCGGCUGACGGGGCGCCCCGGGCUUUCCAAACGCUGGUGCUCCCAUUUGGAGCGCGAUCAGCUGUCAUGGGUUUUUGCCGCACAUCUUACGCCAUCUGGCGCAUAGGUGUGGUGGUGUUCAAUCUGCAUUGGACGGUUUACUUUGAUGACUUUUUCUUGGUGGCCGAAAUCUACGAGUCUAAGCAUGUUGACCUAGCACAACGGCUUCUUUUUAUGGUUACUGGUUGGCAAACGUCAGGUGAGAAAGAAGGUGGAUUCAGCUCCAUUUCAAGAAUCCUGGGCGUGCAGAUCGACCUGGGAGACUCUCAUUUGGCUUCUGUUACCAUUUCCAAUGUUGAAAGCAGGGUGCGUGAGCUGACAACGACGAUAGAUGACUUGUUGGCAAAGGGUAGCAUGACCACUGCUGAGAUGAGGGCCCUCCGUGGCCGUCUGGUUUUUGCAGAGGCCCAGAUUUUUGGCCGUCUUGCAAGUGUCCACAUGAAACGGCUGUCCAGACUUGAAAGCCUGGUUGGGGAGGUUGCCAUUGACCAGGAACUUGGUGAAAGUUUGAUGUUUCUCAAGGACCGGGUCAUCACUGGCGGCCCUCGACGGGUACUUGCAUCAGCUGGCCGUGUUUUUCAUUUAUACACAGAUGCAUGUUUCGAGGAAUCUGUGGGUGGUGUCGGAGGCGUGUUGUAUGACCGGAAUGGUGUCAUGCUAUCCUUCUUUUCAGAGCAGCUUCCUGCUGGUCUAGUGGACCUCUUGAACCCAUGCCAGAAACAGAACUUAAUUUUCGAGUUGGAGGCACUCGCAGUGCUUAUGGGUGUGUCGUCUUUGCUUGAUCCUUUGGCAAUACAGCCGUGUGACCGUAUUGUGAUUUUCAUUGACAACAACUCGGUGCUUGCGAGGCUGAUCUCUGGCUCAGUUGGUACUGGAGUCGACCGCUUGAUCUUUGAAGGGAUUUUGCUUUGGGAGUUCACCGUGUGUGCGGUGACUUGGUUUGAAAGGGUGGCUAGCCAUGCAAAUGUUGCAGAUGAACCCUCCAGGGGUGUUUACAACCACCUUGAUGAAAGGUGUAGGAUCAAUGUAGAUCCUGACAUGUUUGUCAAUGACCUCUUGGCUCGCUCUAGAGCAGGUGGCUCACUUGCUCUCGCGUUCAAGUUGCUUAGCUGGGCUGAAAGAUCUGACCAGCUGAUCUUUCCAGCUAUCGCUCAGUGGCGCUUUGACGGUGCCAGCUUCAUCGCUGGACUCUUCACUGGGCUGCUCAUCUACUUCCUGGCUGCCGAGAGCCCUGCAAAAGCCGCUGUACAAGCUCUGUUGAUGCUCUUGCAAGCCUCGGUGGACGGACGCAUCCAAGAUUUGGAAGAGGAGGUGGCAGAUCUGAAGACUGAGGUGCGGCGACUUCGCCGGUUGGUGAACGAGCUCAAGCAGAACUUGGAAGAGCCUGAGUCCAGGAGUGAAUCCAGGGACACUUCUUACACCCCAACAGGAGAUCGAAGUGUGACUCGAUCUCCAACCCCUGGCGUGACAUCGCUGGGACCUUUUUCACCGCAGGAGAGGUGCGGAUCUCACUUGCAAUCAGUGCCGGAGACAAACACUGCUGCAGCGGGACCUUCUUCCGCACCUUGCCAGUUGUCUUGGCUUGAGAGAGAGGCAAUUUGUGACCAGAUUGGAAAGUUUCUGGCCAGAUCCAUCAGCGGUGGAUUCAGGGGCGCAUCAGGCAGAGACCGCAUACCACUCCCUUCGAGGUUGUGGAUCAUCGUGCGGGACUUUGCGGGCCAGAUCUACACACCAGUGAAGGUGGUGCGCAGCUGGACCAGCUGCAAAGUGUUGUGCAAGCCCUGCAACAACGAGUGCGGGGAUAGUGUAUUUGUGGGAGUGCCUUCAGAGAGGGAAGCGCGGAGAGUGGUGGCUGCGGCGGAGCUUGACUGGCGCAUUUUGCCCUCGUCUGCUUUGGCAAAGCCCACUUUGGUUGAGGUCGCAGCUGCAGAGGCUGGCAAUUUGGAAGAGCCCGUACCUGACGAAACCAUCAAAGUAUGGAUCGGGUUCCUGAAGCCUGCGUUUUUCGACCACUUAGAGAUCGUGGACGAGUGCAAUGUUCAAUACUGUUUCGACAGCAUGGAGGAUGGCAUGCUGCUCCCUUUUGGGCAGGGCCUGGUCGAUGUAGCUCAAGAGCAUUUUGCGUUCUUUUCAGCAGAUGGCGCUGUGCCCUUAGCAGACGAAGUGGAGGAGCCCGACAUCGAUGGGGAGCCUUUGGUGCCAGGAGAUGCUGGAUAUCAGGAUCUUACGCCGGGAGGAGUUCAUCGGCGAGUGGAUCGUCUAGAACAGGCGUUGACGGAGCUGACGACGGAGAUGCGGAAGCUGGGUGCAGCAAAAUCCGCGCCCAAGAAGAAGGCCACUGCCAAAGCUCCUUCUUCGAAGUCAAGACCCCUCAAGCCACGACCUGGUGCGGGUUCUUCUCCAGUACCUCCACACAAUCCGUAUCCUAUGUUGGAUGCGGGAGUGGUCCAUGCGGCUCUACAAGCCGGUAUACCGGAGGAGAACCUACAACAGAUGCAGAAGUUGGUGAGCCGAGGGUCGAAAGCAAUGAAAGUGAAGGACAUGAACCCGAUGGUGCAGCCAGCAGAUUUCUUGUCCGAGGACGAGGUGAUCGAGGGCGACAAUGCAGAAGAUCAGGAAGGAGAUGGAUCUGCGGACCAAGGGCCUCUUGCUGCCUCACUUUCGAAGCUGACAGCGAUUGUGGACUUGCUCACAUCGGAGAAGCUGAAGAGAGCCUCGACGUCCAAGUUAGAAGUGGCCCUGGACUCCGGAGCUGGUUCCUCAUCAGACCUUCCGCUUCAAGGCACAGGCAAGAAGGCCGCAGCUGCGAGAAGGGCAUUGCGGAGUUCUUACGAGGAGCAUCCGGAGGACAUCUCAGCUUUGAUCGGGCGGCUCAUGAACGAGGACUUGAACGCGGUCACCAUCGGUCCUGGCAUGGCUCCACCUCAGCUUUGCGCACGGGCGUGGGUGGAAUUCAGGAGCCGGAUUGGGGCCUACAAGACCGGAGCUUAUGCAGCUUGGAGUGUAGCAGGGAUCUUGGACUCACUCAUGCAGGGUCAUGUGAAAAAGGCGAGGGCAAGAGCUUCAGUCUGCCUGUUGAUGUUGGACCAGGCAAGCAUCGAUCGAGGGAAUUGGGCCCUUGCAGGGGAGUUGGCAUUGGAGGCACCUCCACCAUUUGCCUCCUUAGCCAACCACCAGCUUCCUGCAGUACAAGAUGGCGAAUCACCUUUCUCGAAGCUGCUGGAUCCGAGGUGGUCAGAGCUUGCUAUGGCACACUUGAAGGAUCAGGUCAAGCGAAAGAAUGUGGGCAAGUUCAAUCGAGGCGGAAGAGAGGGAGCUGCCGACGAAGCCGGAGAUGCAGACACAAAAAGGAAGCCAAAACCGAAAGCGAAGCCAAAGAGCCAGUCUUCCGGGUCCCAACAGGUGGUCACUUUUAGCUGGCUUGCGCUGGGAAAGCCUUUCAAUGCCCCAGCGCAUCUGUGUUUGGGAAACAGGCUUACGGCACGCCAAUGGUCGGUCGUAAGGAUGCUGAUGCACUUGUCCUUUGAUGGGAAUUCACCCCAAUUUGUGGACGCUGCCACUAUGUGCCGCUCAGCAGCGAAGGUUGAAGGGUACGAAGAUACUCUUUCUGCUGUGGCUCGUGCGGUGUCUACCUUGCAGGUUUUUGAAGGGCAUUAUGCCUCCCAGUCAAGGUCCUCUCGAUGUUCUGCUGGUGGUGAAGCUGAACCUGUUCGUUGUGGUGUUUGCGUGGGAGAAGUGAGCCACGUGCCUGACCAUGGAGCGAAGCCAUUGAAGGCAUCUAGACUGCAGUUUCCGGGAAAGCCUGAGUUUGACCCGAGGAGGUACUUUGAUGGAUCGACCAAGAAGCUGUACGAGUUUCCUCUUGACCUUGGCAAGCCGUUGCAAGAAGUUGGGAAGCCACCUCCUGUGCAGGUUCGUGCCAGUCCGCAGGGAAAACUGCAGCUGUUCAAGAAGCUUGCAGAUUCCGGGCUCCUUCAACCAGUGCCUGAAGGUACAUACCUUGAUGGUUAUCGGAAUGGGCUUUUUGCAGUCCCCAAAGAUGCAUCUCGUGACAGGAUGGUUUUAGAUGGACGCCCUGCCAACAUGGUCGAUCGUGGGCAACAACGCUGGAGUCAAUCAAUGGCCAACGCCGCUGCCUUGAGUGGAAUUUAUAUCCACCCAGAGCUGAACCUGGUGGCUAGUGGUGAAGACCUGAAAGACUGCUUCUAUCAGUUCAAGGUGAACGCUCAAAGGACGGCUAGGAACGUGCUCCAUGGGUCGCUGUCACUUGCAGAGGCCAAAGAGGUCUUUGGUGAGAACUUCUGCUGGCCCACCUCUAGAGUGGCAGUUGGCUUGUCCUCCUUGGCUAUGGGAGACACUUGUGCAGUCGAGUUUGCCCAGUGCAGUCACAUAGGUUUGAUGCUUCAGCAUGGCGUCGCCACGGCUGAUGAGAUCAUAACGAUGCAUGGGUCUGUGCCUCGUGGUCUUCUACAAGUCGGCGUGAUUGUCGACGACUUGGUCAUUUUGGAACAGGUCCUCAAGGCCGAGUUUGUCGCUGAUGGUCGUUUUGAAGGUAACUGGGAAAGUGGCGACCGCAUAAGCCGUGCUCAGACGGCGUAUGCUGAAGCAGGGCUAAAGAACAACCCAAAGAAAGGGUUCCUGGGAGAAACUUGCUCAAGCUUCUGGGGCAUUGACCUUGAUGGAGAAAAGGGGCUCUUGCGUGCGAGUCAGAAGAGGUUGUGGCCGACUAUGGUCAUAACGUUGAGAGUCUGCUCGCUGGGACUGGCCACGGUAGGGCUCUUGGAAAGUUUGGCAGGCAUGCAGGUGAGUUUGUUGGGAGUGAGAAGGAGGCUUUACAGCUUGAUGGAUGUCGUCUUUGAGCCCUUAAUGAUGAACUGCAAGAGCUCUACAGUGCUCCACUCAGGUCUCCCACAGCGGGUGGGUUCUGUACUUCUCAUCAGGCACCUCGUCAUCCACAUCGAGGAGUCCAUGUUCGCGAAGGAGUGCACGCCCAGGAGGAAGAAGCCUGGCCCAUAUGCCUUUCCUCAACGUAUGUCUGGAAAGCUCUGCCACUGCUCUCGAAGGAAGCGGAGCACGUACAGCUGCAAUAACCUUGCGGCUGGCAUCAGUUGCAGACACAAAACUUCCAAACGGAGCACGCAGGUUCAGGAGAAGAGAGUGGCAAAUGCAACCCCGUCUCUGCGCUACCUGAGUGGAGCAGAUUCGCAAGUUGCUUUGGGUGCUGUUGUAAAAGGACGUGCCGCGUCCCCAAAGCUCAACCGAGUCCUUCAGACCACCAUGCCUUACGCCAUUGGAGGAGAUGCGUACACGCUGCCCAUGUACUACAACACCGCUUCAAACCGCGCAGAUGAUCCUACUCGAGGUUCAUCUCCUUCACCUCCAGACCUUGAAGAACCUCCUUGGCUACAGCAGUUAGCGAACGGUGAUUGUGCGGCUUUUGACAGGUGGUUGGCAAAAGUGGGCGCUCCUACUCCUACCGCACCUCUUCCCUUUGAUGACAUCAGUGGCAGUGACCAACUUGACUUGCAAUCAAUGGCUGCGAUGAAGUCAAAGAACUGGCGUGCGAAAAGAGUGAUGGUGUCUUCAGGUGCAAGUGGACAAGUUGAGACGAAAGAUGCUGCCGCUAAAUCGCGGCCGGUGCGUGUGAGAAAUGUUUCCAAUGAGUUGCCAUCAGACAGAACCUCAGAACUUCACCUUACAGGCGGCAUUACGCUGGAAGGCGUGCAGCUGCUGGAGAGCCUGCCAAGAAGGCAAUUUUUCUUUAGCAGUGGAGUGGAGGCUUUUCAUGCUCCUGGAGCUUUGGACCUUUUCAGUGGAACCUAUGGAGUAGCAAAGCAGCUGCUCAACUUCGGGGCGCCCUGGGUUUUGACGUUUGAAUGGAACAGGAGUUCUGAUGAAAACUUGUUGGAUGAGAAUGUAAGGAACGUCAUCAGGAAGAUGUUCCUUUUUGGAUGCUUUUUGGCCAUGUGCGCGGCCCCAAUCUGUGCGAGCUUCUCAGUGGCUGUCACUCCACCAGUACGUUCCAGCAGGUUCCCAAGAGGAAUACCAGGUCUGCGGAUCAGCAUGCGAGAAAAGGUGGCCGAAGGCAACAGCCACAAUGACUUCGUUUUUGAGUUAGUCGUAACCUGUGAAGAUGAAGGGAAUGCUUAUGCUGUUGAAAACCCAGACACGUCUUGGUGGUGGAGGCAGAAGAAGUGGAGGCGUUGGAGACAUUCUGGCAGUGACAAGUUGUUUAGAUGCUGCUUUUGUAGGUUUGGAACUGCAUGGAGGAAGGGAACAAGGGUAGCAACAAACACUCGACUUGCUGGAGUCAGAAUGAUGUGCACUUGCAAAAAGCCUCACGUGCAACUUCGUGGGGGGCAUCCUACAAAGAAGAUACCCUGGACUGCAGUAGCUCAACCGUACCCAUGGGGAUUUGCAAGACUGCUAGCCUUGGCAUUGUGCCAGAAAGCUGGAUGGUGCCGGACUGAGAGGCUUGAUGUGGCAGGUUGUUCGAAGUCUGGCAGCCUUCGAGUUGGAGAAGCUGACCACCCUGGGCCCAAUAGGCGAAAGGCGCCUAUUAGAGUUGGACGCCUUGGAGAAGUUCAACUGGUAACUGCUCAGACUCUGGCGCUCGAAGCAAAGCAGCUGGAAAAGUUCCAGCGAUGGUGCCGGGAGACCAUCACCAACGUUGACCUGUCCGAGCUCUUCUCAGCAGUGCCGCAGUUUUUGGUCGAAGCCUUGAAAACACAUGCAGAGUGGCUUUUUCAAAACGGUGGAGCCCUUAGCAAUCUGCGUCACCUUUUACUGGCUGCACAAAGAUGGGCCCCGAGUGCAAGAGUGUUUAUGGCUCCAGCUUGGGAGAUGGUUGAGAAAUGGGAAUCUCUGUGCCCGGUGAAACACAGGACGCCUGUCCCGGAGACUUUGGUUUGCGCUAUGUGCGUCCUGGCUUGGCACAUGCAGUGGUGGUCUUGGGUGGGAGCAACCGUCCUUUCUUUUUACGGUGCUGGCAGACUUGGCGAAGUCCUGAGGUGCUCAAGGGAGGAUUUGGUACUCCCCGGUGACGUUUUUGAAGCCACUGGCUCCCCUGUCUUUUUGAGGCUGAGGUCCUUCAAAUCUCAGAUGCGACAGCCUGCGAGGGUCCAACAUAUGAAAGUCAGCAGCACUUCCGCCUCACGCAUCCUCACAAAGAUCUUUGGCCAGCUCCCAUUGGAUGCUCCACUGUUCAAUGCAAGUGCAUACCAAUACAGAAAGCGCUGGAAUCUGCUUUUGGAGAUGUUGCGCAUUCCAAAGGAGCUUGGCCUGACUCCUGGAGGGUUGAGAGGCGGCGCUGCUGUCUAUCACUACAAGAAUGGCCGACCAAUUGCAGAUUUGAUGUGGCUUCUACGUUUAAGGAGCCAGACGACUCUUGAAAGCUAUCUGCAAGAAGUCGGAGCACUCAAUGUUUUUGCCACUCUGUCAGCUGAGACUCGAGCUUCAGUUCGUUCUACUGCUGCGUCUUUUGCAUUUUUGGAUGCUGGUGAGACUCGCUCCGCAGGGAAAUGA